AUGACGGUAGGAAGAGGCAGGCGCUGUCGGCAGGACUGCGUGGUGGUGCCUUAUAUCUGCCUCCUGAAGUCCUGUUCACCAUCUCCAGAGGCUCAGCUUCUGGAGAAGCUGAAGGGCACUUCCAGGGGCUCUUAUCCUUUUAGUCACUCAGUGAGCCCUUAUCUGCACCCCCGCCUGUACCGCGGCUGCUAUGGCGACAUCAUGACCAUGGAGACUCCUGGGACUGCCUGUGAUAUAGCCAGGUUGAUUAACUGCGGGAUUCGUGGUUCUGAAAUGUUUGCUGAAAUGGAUUUGAGGGCCUUAAAGCCGUACCAGACUCUGAUCAAAGAAGUUGGGCGGAGGCAUUGCGUGGACCCCGCCCUCAUUGCAGCCAUCAUCUCCAGAGAAAGCCACGGCGGAGCUGUCCUGCAGGACGGCUGGGACCACAGGGGCCUGAAAUUUGGCCUGAUGCAGCUUGAUAAAAACAUGUAUUACCCUGUUGGCACCUGGGACAGCAAAGAGCACCUUCUGCAGGCUGUUGGGAUUCUGACAGACAGAAUUAAGGCAAUCCAGAGAAAAUUCCCCAUGUGGAGUGUGGACCAACACCUCAAAGGUGGUAUCUUGGCCUUUAAGUCAGGAGUCGAAGCCAUUGCCACCCCCUUGGACAUAGAGGCUGACUUGGUCAAUGACAUUCUCGCCCGAGCUCAGUUCUAUAGGAGACACGGCUUCUAG